GGUACCCAUGGCAACUGCAUAGAACCCACCUCUCCAUCCCUCCCUAGCCUGCUAACGGCUCAAGCCUCAGCUCCUGACCAACAUCGAGCAUGGCCCCAGAAUCUUCCCUCGAGUCUGAAGAGGAGGAGGCGCCCCCGGUGCCAGCAGAUGGAGAGCCGGCCAGCAGCGAUGUGGGGCCUCCAGUGGACACACCUACAGAUAAAGGGAAUCCCUCCCGUUCCCAGGACACCACAAGUCAACCACCAGUUGUCAACCUGCAGUUGUCCCCUGAGGCCCUGGACCCCCGGACCCUGAGGCUGCUGUGGCAACUGAGAGAACUGGAGAUCCAGUCACUGCGGUCCGCCCUCCAGAAUGACCGGCACUGCCACAUCCUACAGGAGGUGGCAGGGAUCCCCCCGGAGAGGAGCCCUUGCACUCAGGAGAAGUUCCUGCAGAACCAGGUCCGGAAGUUGACUCUGGAUCUCAAAGCGCAAAAAGAACAAGCCCGGCUGGAGAAAGAGCUCUUGGAAAAGCAGCUGAUGCAGACCCUCCACAUGGUGCAGCAGCUGGAGGAUGAGCUACAGAACUUCCAGAAGUCAUGCCUCCUGCAUCUGGCCCACUCCUCCUGGGUGGGCCGCAUACUUCGGUCGCAGACCGGCAGCGUGGAAGUGAUCACUGCGGAGACCCUGAUGGAACCCAGUGACUUCUCGGAGAAUGAGCAGACUGGGGAGGGUUUCCGGCUGGAGGACGUGGACUGGAAUAGCAUUGCCCGUCGAUUCCCCAACCUCCUCACCAACAUCACGUCCAGCGUGGAGCAGAAGCAGAUCCAGCCCCGCCCGCCGUCUUCACUGGACUCCUUGAGCUUGGAUUCCCCUGACAAGCACCCGGAGAGGCCUGGCAAGAGCCUGGAGUGGAGCUCCCUGCCCGUGGUACGCUCCAGCAGCUCAGAGGGCACCAACGCUGACUCCCACCACUGCCAGCCGGUCCUGCAUUCCCAAGGGCAGAAGGUGCCCGGGUACCCAGACUUGUCUUCUGAGCAGAACCAGACAUGGAGCGAGAGCUUCAGCAAAGACACAGAAGGUGGCGCAGGUCGCCAGAAACCCCACUUGGGCCACCCCAGCAAGACGGUCCCGAAGCCCUAUGCGGACCCUGACUACCAAGGUUCUGGGUACCAGCUGAGCCAGGAUAGCUGCUGCUUGAAGAUUGUAGCUGUGAAUUGCCGGGAGAGGUUUGUCCGCAUCCUCAACCAGUCCCAAGAGGAGACUGUGGAGCUGGGUGGCUUCCUGCUGCAGCAGCUGGUGCAGAACUUCCCAGUGUGCAUGUUCCGCUUCCCACCUGGCACCCUGCUGGCCCCAAGACACCACAUUACGGUGUGGGGUGAGGGGACUCGCCGCACCAAGAAGCAGCCGCCUAUAUUCUUGGGCCAGGAACCUUUCUACUUCCACUCCAGCCAGGGCUGCGUAACGCUGCUCCUGAACGCUGAGGGUCAGGUCCUCAGUGAACACCAAGCCCCACACUGUGCCACCCUGGGCUCCAGAACCUUUGAGGACAACAUGGACUGGUCUAUCGAUUGUUUUCCUCUCUCCGAGGCUGGACUUGGGACAGACACCCAGGAACAGCAGCGCCGGCCUUUACCCAUGUGCAAGGGCAGAGUGCAGGAGUCCAGGGCUGGACGCCGGAAGCCGGGGCUGACCAAGAUGCCCGGUUCCACCAGGACUUGGGGCAUUUUGCCACAGCUAAGCACUCGCAAGCCUUGUCACCCAGGAAAGGGUCCGGCACAGCGGGAGGGCACCAAGACUGAGGUACAGCAGCUUCCGCCCACCGUCCCUGAGGCCGGGCUGCCCCUCGAGAAGUGUUUGAGUAGGAGGGAGGACAAGUUCCAGGUAUGCCGGAAAAGUGUAGACCGGAGCUGCCCCAUGGUGGCUUUGUCUGUGCAGAGCACAGCUGAGAGCAAAUACGGGUUCCGCUUUCUCAGCUGCCCACCCAUCACCACUGACGUGUGCUGGAGGAUGUAGCUGAGGAUGUGUGCUGGA